AUGAUUGGCAGACUUUUAUUCAUCCUGUUGGCAAGCUACGCCGCAGCAGUUCCUCUUUUUGAGCCAGCAGCAACAUCAUACUCCACACAAACAAAGCAUACAACACUCCACACCGGUGCUGCUCUAGUCAGUGAUGUUGCUGUUCACGAUCCUGCUAAUUCCUAUUCAACUGUCACCUUUGGACACUCUGCUAUUCAUACUGCUCCAGUCAUCUCCUACUCUGCACCAGUAGUUCAACAUGCUCAACUCCUACAAUCUGCCCCAGUAGUUCAUGCUGCACCAGUGGUUCAUGCUUCUUUAGUACAUGCAGUUGAACAAGAGCAUUAUGCACCAGCACAAUACGAAUUCAAAUAUGGAGUUGAAGACCAUCACACUGGUGAUAUCAAAUCACAUGAAGAAUCCAGAAAUGGUGAUGUAGUCAAGGGAUCUUACUCUCUCCAUGAAGCUGAUGGUACCAUCAGGACUGUCCAGUAUACCGCUGAUAAAAAUGGUUUCAACGCUGAUGUACAGAAAUCUGGACAUGCUGUGGUCAGCCAUGUUGCUGAAACACAUGCCCUUGUUGCACCAUUGAUUCAUCACUGAUGAUAGUAUAUUAGAAAGUACCUGCUGUGUUAUUGAUUUUUUAUUAGGUUGUUAUUAUUCUGUUUUAGUACUGAGAAAUUAAUUCGUUGUAAUAAAAGUUGUGUUUUGUA